GGUCUGGCUGUCCUGGCAAAUAUCGAUUCGCGAUUUUCGUGCCAAGAACAGUUUAAGCCCGGUGCUUCCACCGCAUACCCAUAGACGUUCAACUUUAUUCUCUACUGGUUGAGUACAACUUAAGCCAUGGCGAAGACGGUGAUCUCGCAGAAGCUUCCGCCGGACAUCGACCCGACCAAGGCUCCGCUGGCGUACGGAGACCGGGCCCUCCCCAGGCUCAACCGGGAGCUGAACGAUAAAGAGCUGAUCACACGGCAGCGGGCCUUGAUGACUCUCUGCGACUACCUCCACGAUCCGGAACACAUCGCAGAGGCGUUGAGAGUGGGUGUGGCUGAGAGUCUUAAGAAGCUGCUGAGUGACAAGGACCCGACAGUGAGGCACAAGACAACAGAAGUGCUGUAUGUUAUUGCCACCCACAACAAGGGCAGAGAUGCCUUCCUGGACUAUGGCAUUAUUGUGCCUCUGUCCAAGCUGUUUGAUGACAGUGUGGACCUUGCCAGGAAGAAUGCACACAUGGCCAUGGAGAUGAUGUCUGAGAUUCCAUAUGGUGCUGCAGGUGUAGUGGAGGCUCAACUUGUCCCCAAGCUUGUCGGAAAACUGCGUGACGAGCUAAACGAGAUCAAGGAACUGAUCCUGGACACGUUACACUUCUGUCUCCGCGUGGAAACCAUGCAUGCUCUCGUUGCCGGGGCAAUGGAGGUCUUCACCGAGCUCCUCGGCCACAACCAGGCCAUCAUCCGCGCCAAGGCCGCACGCGACAUCAUGGACCUCAGCGUUCCGCUCGACGGCAAGAACAAGGCCUGCGAGGUGAAGGCUCUGCCACCAUUGGUCGGGCUGCUGAAGGAUGGAGACACGUACGUCCGAUCCAUGGCGGCAGGAGCCAUAGCGACCAUCACCAUAACAACCCAGGGGAAGUACCUGGCCUUGGAGGCUGGAGCAAUUCCUCAUCUUGUAGAACUUGUAGAAGACAAGAACAGUGAGGUGCGCCUGAAUAGUCUGAAAGCCCUGACCACCUUGUCGGAGGCUCCCGAGGGGAGGAAGGAGCUACUGAAUCAUGUAGAUCUCAUCAAGAAGAGGAUGGAAGACGAGAGCGAGGCGGUGGUGAAAGCCGCGACUAUUGCCGUUAGGGUCAUCACAUGGAAACCAUAGGAACUCACCCUUAGCGCUAGUUUUCAUGGUUUCCUUAGAAUACUCCACACCAACAUUUUAUUUCUAGAUGUAGGCAGGUUGCCUAGUUGUACCUCUAGAUACUUCCUAAGUGUACAUAUGAAGUGUUUGUUGUACAGAAUAAAAUCAAGUAGACAUAAUAAAAUAAACAUCUUAGGGUGCCAAGAUUCUACUUUUAACUAGAAAAUCAUGACAUUUACCAUUGCCAUUGAAUUUGAUAUCACACUGAAUUCAAACAGUUGUAUGUAUAAAGAGGGAAUGUCAAAAUCAGAACACAUUUUAACUGUUCUUAAUGGUGUUGUUGUCUGCUCAACAUGUAAAUAUUGCAGCUAUGAUAUAACAUGGAAUUUCUUUAUGCUGUACAGCCACUAAGUUUAGGACCAUUUUAAGUUGACUUAAGUGUUGUCUCACUUCUCCCACAAUAAAAAAGCUACCAGAAACAA